GGCAUUCCAAUCAGAGUGCCCCCUUACAUCAGGUUUCUGCAUCAGAGUGCCCCCAUACAUCAGGUUUCCAUCACCAGAGUGCCCCCUUACAUCAGGUAUCCCCAUCAGAGUGCCCCCUUACAUCAGGUUUCUGCAUCAGAGUGCCCCCUUACAUCAGGCAUUUCCAUCAGAGUGCCCCCAUACAUCAGGCAUUUCCAUCAGAGUGCCCCCUUACAUUGGGCAUUCCAAUCAGAGUGCCCCCAUACAUCCAGCAUUUCCAUCAGAGUGCCCCCUUACAUUGGGCAUUCCAAUCUGAGUGCCCCCUUACAUUGGGUAUUCCAAUCUGAGUGCCCCCCUUAUAUAUUGGGCAUUCCAAUCUGAGUGCCCCCAUACAUCAAGCAUUUUUAUCAGCGUGCCCCCUUACUUUGAGCAUUCCAAUCAGAGUGCCCCCAUACAUCAGGCAUUUCCAUCAGAAUGUCCCCUUACUUU